GAUAAUUUACUAUCCCAAAAUAAUGACUUAGUACCUAAAAAACGACUUAGUAUCUAAAGAUAAUGACUUAGUUCUGCUAAGAAUUGAGAAAUAUUUUCAAAAUGGUAACAAAAAAUAAUAACUUACAAAUCUAGUUUCCUGAUAUGUGCCAAAGUAACAACAAGAAAUGACAAUGCUUGGCAGACCCAAAUAGAUACCUUAAUUGAAGACUACUUAAGAUGUGAAUUCACAAAUUAAAACAAACUGAGUGGUUUUGGAGGAAUCACAUUAUAUCAUUACAUGAGAACAUUUCUAAUUAUUUUGAAAGUAUUUGUAUGCAAUGGUUGAUUCAUAAUUUUGAGAAAGCAUCUCAUUACUUUAAGAAACUAACUCAUUGCUUUGAGAUAAGUUAGUCAGCCUUUUGAGUUUCUUAUUAAUAUCUUUUCAUACUAACUCAUUACUUUAAGAUACUACGUCUCUAUAUUGAGAUAGUCAUUAUUUCUAGGUAGUUUUUAUUUUGAUUAAGUUUCUCACCGUAAUGAAUUAAAGGAUGGUUUUCUUGUUUAAUCAGCAUUGGCGGGAAAGGGCCGCUAUACACAAUACAAACAUGGAAUUUACGAGGGAACUUUGAAGGCAACACUAGCUGUAUCGUUGCAUCCAUUGACUGGUCUGACCUAUCUGUUCCCGGCGGUAACUGACCAGAUACAACGGUGUUAGCGACAUGCAGUGGUCCGUUCAAUUGUCGGACUGUUCCAGCCGUCGACACUGAAAGCAACGGAAGAGCAGACUUGUAGCUGUUCCGCUAGCUAGCGUUACACCGAACGGAGCAUCAAAUGCUACCUAGCUACACUGUUAGCAUCUUAGCAGCUGUUCCGUCGGCCCGAAGGCAUCACUGAGUGCUAUACAUUGUGUGGUACGACAGAGAGCAGCACAAUGACCUCAGCUUCCACUAAAGUUGGUGAGAUCUUCUCUGCAGCUGGGGCAGCCUUCACCAAACUAGGAGAGCUCACCAUGCAGCUUCACCCAGUGGCAGAGUCCAGUCCUGCAGGCGGUCAGACGAAGACACCAAUGAAGAGGAAGCUGUAUGAAGACGGUGCUCUGCCCGCCCCCUCCGAGGGCUCCAAGAAGGUUAUCAAGAAAGUCACCACCCCCGCUGCCAUGGCAACGCAGGGCACGCCAACCAUCAUCUCUGUGCCCACGGCUCAGGUCGUCGUAGCCUCAGGACGACAGGGCUCCCCCUCCAGCCAGGCCUCGCUGAAGAAACAGAAGACCGCAGACGUGACCCUCAGUGCUCUGAAUGACUCAGAUGUCAACAGUGAUCUCGUGGACAUCGAGGGGCUGGGUGAAGGAUCCAACUCCAAAAAACUGAACAACUUUGACCAAGAUAACCUGAACUUGGACUCGAGCCUCAUCAUGAACCCCAGCGACCUCCCUCCUCUACUCUCCCGUUGACCGCUCACUUUCUGUCAACUUCAUUGCCAUGAUGGACAAAACUAUGAAAAUGAGUUUGUAAUGAUCUGGACUUAGAGCCAGACUGACGACACACAUUAGAGGAACUAUAGUAGUACUGAACAUUGUGUUGUGUCGUGCAGGACCACUUUUUAUAAACUUUAAAGGAUCAUUUAACGUUUUCCUUUUCCUGAGAUUCUUUUUAUACUGUUUAUUUUAGAUGGUGCGACUCCCUUCUCAUUUACUUUUCUUUUCGUAGAAAUGUCCAGAAAACCAGAAAAUUGAAAGACAUUUUGUGGUGGGGAAACCUUUCCUUAGAUUCUUACCUAAUUUCUUUAGAGAAAAUAACAGGAAAUCAAACAUGAUGUAGCAGAGAAUUUCAGCUGCAGCAACCAAUACUCUCAAAAUACUCCAAUACUCAAAUACUCUUGAUCUUACUUUACAUUUUUGUUUCCCACUGAUGUGCCAGUAUUGCAAAAGGACAGCGAAUAUUUUUAGCAACAAUUGUAUUUAUUUCAGGUUCAGCACAGUACUGCUACAUUUUGCAAACAGGUGUAUUGGUGUAUGUUAACACAAGUCUCAGUUUACAUUAGAAUAUUUUCAGAUAUUAGAGUAUUUAGAAUGUUGGACUCAAUUGGUUGGUUGGUGUGUGUGUCACAAACAGGGUUCAGAUCAUACUCUCCGUAAUUAUCUCCUUUUCUAUAACAAUAUAAAAUGCCCUUAAUUCAAGGUCCAUUGCAAUGAUUUCCUUCUGAUCCUUGAACCAAAGUUGUCAUGACAUCAUCAAACUUGAACUGAUGAAGGAGAAGUGGAUGAAAGAUUUGGAAAAGUGGACCGUGUCUCAUUGUUUUCUCGUGUUCACUUUCUUUCAAUCUCAUGACUGCUUCAAAUAGACAGUUGAUCUGGCUCAGCAGGGAGAAAACAGCUUAUCUGUGCACCAACCAGCACCUCUAAGACUCACUGGUUAAUAUGUUGUUUCUUAUUUGUUUCUCUUUUCACAGCCAUGGAAAGAAGUAAGCAAGAUAUAUGUGCAGUUACAGAGGGAAAUGUGUCUUGGAACAUCAUCCUGGCCUGGCUUUCAGCUAUAUUUCCAUGUAGAAGUACUAGCAAUAACCCAUAUUUAUAAUCAGACAUGCAUAUAAAAAGUAACUAUGGAAGUUUGUUUUACCUCUGUCAAUAAUGUACAUACAAACUGUUCUUUUUUAGCGAUGGUAGCAUUUUACAUCAUGUAUGGUAUGUUUGAGAUUUAAUGCAGGGCUAUUUUCAAAUAGCUAUGUAUUUAAUAGGAUUUAUUUUUUAUAUGAUUUCCCCCCUAGAUGAUAUAGUAUAGGUAAUGUUGUUUGCCUUUCAUAGAAAGCUGGAUGAUAAUGCAAAAUCACAAAAUGAUCCAUAUCAAUAACUCAGAAUAUCUACUAAGGUAUUCACAACCAUUUCGUAAAAAGUAUUUGAUAUUGUUGCUAAUACUUAAAUGUGACUGAAAAAAAAAAAAAAGUAGAAUGUAACUUUUUUAUAUACAUGCACACACAUCAUACUUACUGUGAUAAAAACUAUCCAUCUCAAACAUGUAUGUUGUGCUGAAAUGAUGUGAAACCGGUGGCUUUGACAAUCACAUUUGAUAACCUAAAACACAACACAGGUAAUUAGUUUGAAACCAUGCUGAACAUGCAAAAACAGUGGUAUUUUCCUUUAAAGGUGUACAGAAGUAGACCCCUGUAGUUUAAUAGAGACCCUUCAGGAUUAACUGGCUGUAUGAGAUUACAUGCUGUUUUAUAAAACUGAUUUGACUGUA